GCCGUCCGCGUCGCGCUCCCAGGGAAGCCUCCGCACGCCCUCCGCGGGCUGCUCGCGGUCUCCUCCCCGCCGCCGGCCGCCCGGGUGCCUCCCGGCUCGCUCCGCUCCCCGCGACCCAGAUUCCUGGCCCGCCCCCGCCCCGCCCGCGCCCGCCCGCAGCCAGUGCGGCAGCCGCGGCCACCCUGUGCAGCCGCCGCGCGGGGGACGGACGGACCGCGUCCAGCGCCGCCGCGAAGCGCGCAGCCCGAGCGCCUGCGGAGGGCGGGGAUGGAGACCCGGCCGCCGCGCGCCGGGACCUGCUGAGCUUCCUGCCGCCGCCGGGGUCCGGCUUACACUUACUCUGACAAAGGCAAGUUUGGAAGCAAUUACUUGGAGACAGUUUGGAUAACACCUAGAUAAUCAAAACGGGCACAAUGAAGCACUUCCUGAGGAUUUCUUCAAGCAAGAAUUAACUUUCAUUAGCAAACUCAUUGAAACUGUUCAAAAUAAGCCACUUUUCUCUUAUUAUUCCAAACGAAGACGUCAGUCACAAAUUUAAGAUGCUGGAGUAGUGUUGCACUACAGAAUGUUGUUCCAGGUGUGCCUGUAUUUUUACUGUAAAUUUUUGUGGCGCUGCCUAAAAUUUGUAAUGAGGAAGCUGACUGGAAGAUGUGAAUUGCAACGGAUCUGUUACAAUACCAAGCCUGGGGCUUCUAGAACCAUGAAAAUCGAAACAUCACUGAGGGAUUCAAAAAGUAAGCUGCUGCAGACUUCAGUGAGUGUUCACCCUGACGCCAUUGAGAAAACUAUAGAGGACAUCAUGGAACUGAAGAAAAUUAACCCCGACAUAAAUCCACAGUUGGGAAUCUCUCUUCAGGCUUGCCUUCUGCAAAUUGUUGGCUACAGAAACCUUAUCGCAGAUGUGGAAAAACUGCGCAGAGAACCCUAUGAUUCUGAUAACCCCCAACAUGAAGAAAUGCUUUUGAAGUUAUGGAAAUUCUUGAAGCCCAAUACUCCAUUGGAAUCUCGGAUUUCUAAGCAGUGGUGUGAAAUUGGUUUCCAAGGUGAUGAUCCUAAAACAGAUUUUCGAGGAAUGGGACUUCUAGGCCUAUACAAUUUGCAGUAUUUUGCAGAAAGGGACGCUGCAGCAGCUCAGCAGGUCCUCUCUGACUCUCUUCAUCCAAAAUGCAGGGAUAUCACUAAAGAGGAAAUAAGCAAAUUCAGCAAAGCAGAAUGGGAGAAGAAAAGGAUGGAUAAAGCAAUUGGGUACUCAUUUGCAAUUGUGGGCAUCAAUAUAACUGAUCUGGCAUAUAAUCUACUGGUGAGCGGAGCUCUAAAAACCCACUUCUACAACAUCGCCCCAGAAGCUCCAACACUGUCUCAUUUCCAGCAAACAUUCUGCUAUUUGAUGCAUGAGUUUCAUAAGUUUUGGAUUGAAGAGGACCCCAUGGACAUAAUGGAAUUCAAUCGUGUGCGGGAGAAAUUCCGCAAGAGGAUCAUAAGACAGCUGCAGAACCCAGACAUGGCGUUGUGCCCACACUUUGCUGCCUCAGAAGGUUUAAUCAACAUGUAGUCACCCACGCUGGUUUUAACGGAUACCCUAGAACACUGCCUCAUUGUCAUGUUAGAUCCCUGCUUAGGUCCCAGCUCACACUGAAUGCACAGUGAUUGUAUGCAUGCCUUUUGGUACAGUAUUUUCAUCUCUUGGUCAUAAUUACCAGAUCCCCAGAUACCACUAUUCCUGGAGUAUCUGUCAUCCAGUGACUGUUCAUAUUGUGGCAUUAUGCAGUGUUACAUUUGCCUUGACACCCAGGUAUGGAGAGAGUUUUCUAUUUUUUUAGAUUGUUUUCCUCCCCCUCGUAAUUCAGCAUUGAAGAACUGUAUUUCUCUAGCUGUAUUUUGUAUGUAAGAGAUUUAGCUGAAUCUUGUUCUGUGAAAGCCUUUUAAUUUAUUGAUAUGUUUCAUGACUACUGCUGCUAGCUCUUCAGGCCAGGUUCACGCUUGGAUCUCACUACACUAAAGUAUAUGACUUUCAAAUAAUACAGACAGACAGACACAUGAUAAGCCAAACCAUUCCUGCAAACACAGCCGCGCUUCGUGAAAAUGUAACGAGGCUUACAAGAAGCAGAUUUAGGUAGGUGCUGUUUUUGUUUGAAUAACCGCAGAAUUAUAUUGUAACUUCCCCCAGCUGCAACUGUGUCAUAGUCAUAUGGAUACAAAAUUAUUUUAUUCCCAUAAUUUUACUGGCUUGGAUGCCUAAAUAUGUUUAUGAUGCUUGGAGCCUCAGAAAAGAAGUAUGCAUACUUCAAAAGCUGCAAAAGGUUUUUCACUGCCUGCCUCUUGCUGAACUCAGAGUUACACCCUGGCACUGUUCUGAUGCAAGUAUCUUUGCUUGGGGAACUGAGUGCUGACUGGUUUGUUUUCAAUGUCAAGAGGUUAUAUCAAAAAACAAUUUGCAAGAAAAUGUGUUGCAAGAGAGGGACCUAAGCUGUGUCCUUCUGUAAUAUUUCUUGAAAAUAAUGACCUUGUCUUGUAUCAGUGAAAAAAGUAAAUUGCUUGAAAGGGAAAAAACAUCAAAUCAUUCCAAAACUGCUAAAAAUCAUUUUAAACCAUGAUUUAGUUUGGAAUUAUGAUUGUAGUCUGUUGAAUAGUAUUUACCAUGGCAUUUCAUACCCAUGGUAUUUUAUACCUUCUAUCAAUUUUAGUAUUAUUAGACAUUUGUGUAAUCACUUGCUUAUUUAAAUGAAGUCUGAGUACUGCCUAAGUGUCAGUUCUAUGAAAUAAAUUACAUGUCAUUCUACUGU